AUGGCGACCCGGUUAAAUUCGUCUCAGUCACCACCUUAUUUUACAAAUCCAUGGGAACAGCCACCUUCCAGAGCUUCGCAGCACUCGGUGGAUUCUCCCGAUGGUCGUAUUGCGCACACAUUGACUGCUUGCACAAGGUGCAGACAGCGUAAAUCUAGAUGUGACCCUGGUAUCCCACGAUGCGCUCCUUGCGAGCGCAGCAAUGCAAAAUGCGUAUACUACGAUUCCGCCAAAAAGAGCACCAUCCCAAGAACAUACAUCGUUUCGCUUCGUGAGAAAGCCCGUGCAUUAGAGAAUGAACUGGCAGAAGUCGAGAAAGAAAUCCAGCACUCAGCAGACGCAGAACUGAUGGUGCGCGGGGCGGGUCGCAUUCGAUUCAAAGAAAAUGAUGAGGCUAGAUACUUGGGACCGUCGAGUGGGAUUGCAAUGACUCGCUUGGUCAUGGAGAUGGCGAAACAAAACACCGAUUCAAAGAGUAUCAAAGAUGUCGUCCCCGAAUUGACUGCACAUGAAAUCAAAGCGGCAUUUGUGCAAGAAAGCUCCAAGCCGACAUCAAAGGUUUACCCUAUGAUUAGUUCGAUUCCUCAACCCAAUCUGCCUCCACGAAAUUUGACGUACCGACUCAUCGAUCUCUUCGUGGCUAAAGCACAAGCAAUGCUUCCAACCUUGCACGAGCACACAUUUCGUCAGGAUGUAGAGGAUGUGUUCAAUGGCUCCGACGACCCUUGUCAGAACUUCCAACUCCGAAUGGUCAUCGCCAUCAGCAUGCAAAAACUGAGCACUGAAUAUGCGGGCUUAGCGGACAGUUAUUACCUCGCUGCGCUUCCUUACCUGGAACCUUCGCUCAAACAAAUGGAUUUAAGAGCUUUACAAUGCCUUGCUUUGAUUGCUCAAUACUCUAUGCUUACCCCUACGAGAACAGCAGCAUACUGGGUUGUCGGGACGGCGGUCAAAUUGUGUCAGGACUUAGGACUGACGGAAGAAGCCACAAUCACCAAGUCGCCCAGUGGCGGAACCCUGAAUCCUCUGGAAUUAGAUAUGCGCAGGAGGCUAUUUUGGAUUGUCAUGUCCAUGGAGUUUGGCCUUUCGCAUAGUCUUGGUCGUCCGAGUUGUUUCUCUGUCAGCCAUGACCAUAUCAAUGUCAAGUUUUUCGAGCUGGUCGAUGAUCGCUAUAUCACGCCAGAGGGUGUCUCGCCUGAAGGAAAGCCGAUACUGCCCAAGUGUAUUGCAAUUCACUUCUUGAAGAUGCGCUUGUUACAAGCAGAAGUCAGAACAACGCUCUAUUUGAACAAACGAGAGACUCCAGUGGAUGAUCAAGAUCCAUGGUUCUCACAAAUGCUGGCUAAACUUGAUAAUUGGGUGGCUACCUGCCCGAAGAAUGACGGCGGUAGCGGCUUGAGUGAGAAAUGGUUCCACGGCAGGCGAAACACCAUCAUCGUUUUCAUGUUUCGACCAUCUCCCCAGGUGCCCGAGCCCUCGGUCAGUGCAGCAGAGAAAUGCUACGAAGCGUCUGUUUUCAAUGUUGCGAUGCAACGAGAGCAAGUUAUCACAGGCUCGGUGGACUUGACCUGGAUUUUCACGCAGUCCCUCUUUAUGGCGCUGAAUACUAUACUCUGGUCCCUUUCAUAUCCUGAGAUUCGUCAAAACCAUCCUAUAGACGAGGUUCAGGGCCACCUCGAGGUUGCGUUGGAGGUGGUCGUGCAUGCUGCGAAAAGAUGGCCUGGAGUUGAAUCAGCUCUGCUUCUUUAUAGAAGCCUUGUCACUGCUUGCCUCAAAGCAUACGGUUCUGACGAAUCGUUUGUGGUACACUCGCCCUCGAACCAUGCCUCGAGUCACCCCACACCGACUUCCUCUCAGGAUGUCACGUCCCCACCCUCGAUGUCCAGCCCUUCGAGCACCACAACAUCAUUCCAUUCGCCGAAUAUUCGGGCUGGAAUUCCAUCAAUUUCCGAAAAUGUGUCGGCCGGCACGAUUUCAAGAGGACAUUCCGCAGAUCCAACUUCUCCCUUGUCUCAAAUAACGGCGCCAACCUCCGAGUCUCACAAAGCCAUGCAAUAUCCAUCGUGGUCCCCUGAGUCCAACUCUCAGAAAUCGAACAUUUCUAACUCCACACCGACUCCAUUCACCUCGCAGUCAUACGACGCACCAGCUAUCGCCUAUUCAGACAUACAGGUCGAUCCAGCGACGCCAUAUAAUGCAUUUCCCUCGGUUGUUCCGGGUCUACAAGGCUGGGACCCCAAUUUCACACUCGCCUCCACUACUUCUAGUCACCUAGCGUAUGUCGAUGCAGCCGUUGAUCCCAUGCAGUGGGUGAGUUCAAUCGGUGAUCAAUAUUCACAGUACUUCAAUGAGGCAUAUCCCGUUCCAUCAUGGCGUGGACGAACUCUUAGCCAACAAGAACAAAUUGAGUUGAUGGCAUCGUUGGAGGAAAACAUCCCUGAUGUAUCAGCUCAGCUUGUGCGCGAGUCAGCAACAUUCUAUCAGUCAUGA